UGAUUUCUUUCCUCCUCGAUACUUCCAUGUCCUCUCAUUACAUCUUGCUUUUAAGUUUUCUUUAUCAAAAGGGAACAAAGAAUUAGCUGAAAAAUUGAAUCGUAAAUGCAAAUUUUGGAGCAACGGUCUUCACUGGUUUGAUGGCUAUGGUGUAAAAGUAUUGGUAGAGAUUGUGGAUGAGAGCCAGUGUGUACUAGUAAUGAUGUCCUGUGAGAAAGGUUACAGUGACAAUAUGGUGUCUCUAAGAAGAAAAGUGAUAAGAGAAGUAAUGAGUGUUCAUAAAGAUUCCUGUCCUGGUUUAAAAGUUCAAGAGUUAGUUAUUGAUCCUGAAGAACUAGCCUAUCCUGUGAAUACACCAAGAGAAAGGACAGUUUAUGACGUUUGUGAUUUACUAUCAGCAAUUAAGGAAGGAAGACCAUUUCUUGUGACUGAUAAUGGACAUAAAGAAUUGAAGGAGAUCCUAUCUGAUGAAUCAUUAUCAGAUAUUAGUAACCUGUCACUAUUAGGAGGACGUGAUAUUAAGGAAGUGAUUGAAAUAUUUGAAGAAUUAAACACACCAUUGACUCUAAUAACGCUAGAGCCAACAAGUCAAAAGAGCAGCUCAUCCACACAGAUCAGUGAGUCUGAUCUUGAUAUUAAGGGAGAUGGAGGAGUAAAGUGUAAUAAUAAUAAAGAUAAAGGAACAACAACCAACACUUUGAAUGAAUCUCAGGAACAUGGAAGUACAUGUACUUCAAUAGAGAAAGGACAGUCUGAUAAUGAUGCACUUAAGAUCAAUGAUGAAGUACAAGAAACACUCACUGAUAAACUGCUUGAGACAACAAGUCAAAAUGACAAAUCAACUACUAAUUACCCCCCCACACAGAUCAUAAUAUUGACUAUCAGGAAUCUGGUAGAGGUAAAACAAUUGUUAAAAGAUGAUAACUUUCAAACUACAAAAUGGUUUGAUCUUG